AGCUCUUAGUUUGGAAGUUCCAACGCAACAUUCCGACUGACAUCUGAUUCAUCGUGCUCCAAGUAAACAACCGUACUACCGAUUCGGAUCAUCCUCCAAUGGGUGCAUCGGAAUCAACCCUCUCAACCUCACAGAGACCGGACGACGAGAUUACCACCGUAUCUGAGCGAUUCGAAGGCGUAGACCCCCUCCUGGAACGGCUCAGAUCCCUCAAAAUUGCAACUCCGAUACUGACGACUCCACCUACGGAGACUAGCUUAACUGACGUUCUAGUGAGAAAAUCCUCAUCCUCUUCUGCUCCAGGUACAGUAAAUCCAAAAGUGUUGCUGGAGCUCUUCUCGGUGUACCGUGAUUGGCAGGAUGGCAAGGCCCAGAAGAUUAGUAAGAAGCAGGAAGAGCUCGAAAACAAGAUAGAGGUUGCAGAUGCUUUGGCAGUUAAACUGCUUCAGCGGUUCAAUUAUUCAGUCUCGACCAUGAAGACAACGUCCCAGCAUCUAUCACAAGUUCACGGAUUGCAGGUUGAACUUGGGGAGCUUAAGGGAAGGUUGACCGAGGUGAUUAGUAACUGCGAUGCAAUAUGCAGGAGAAUCAAUGCAGAGGGACCAGAAUCACUAAGAUCAUCUAUCAAGCCAUUUUCGGAGACCUCCGCCGAGUUGGAAGCCAGCAGUAGUUUGCCUUCUCAGGGAAGUGUGUUACAGACAAGCCCAUCUACCAUCUAAGUAACCAAGUUAGGCUAUUUGGCACACUUGUUUUUUCAUUUUUUUUAAUUUUUUGAACUGCUUUCUAGAUUUUCCAACAGCCAUAAUUGUAAACCUUGGAGCCUGACUAGUGUAGUUUGAUCAUGUAUCACCAACAAAUACUUGGUUUUUCAUUAGUCUGAAAUGUGAGUGUACAGCUCUUCUACC